CCUGCUUUCGCUCCACGGGUGAUUCUGCUCACUGUUGUCUCUCCUUCAUUGUUAUAUGUCGUUCUCCAUGCAACUGCUCGUUCUGUGAUGUACUCUUCAUCCAACUCCUUCCUGGGCGGCGCAAGUGGCGCUCGCCCAGGAUCCUCGCCGUUCGGUCAGCAGCAACAGCCGAUGUACUCUCAGUUCCCUCAGGGGCAGCAGCCGCAACAGCAGCAGACGCCAUUCGCACCACAACCCACGGGCUUUGCUGGUGGACAACUCCAGCCUCAACCGACUGGAUUCCCUGGAGGACAGUUGCAACCACAAUUUACCGGUUUCCCAGGGGCUGCGUCCCAGCAGAACUUCCAACCAGCUCCGCUACAGCCCCAGUUCACAGCCUUCCCGCAACGACCUCAGACGCAGCCGUCGUUGCAGCCGCCCAAUGUACAGAUACAGGCUCCGCAGCAGUUUCCUGCUGCCACGGGCGCGCCAGCUCCCCUGGCCCCCCAGAAGACCUCGGCCCAGAUGGCGCAGUCGUUUCAAGAUCUGAACCAGUCUUCCGUUACACAGUCAGCUCCGAAGAAGACCGGUUCCAGGAUUCCCAAUAUCAGACUUUCGUUUAUCACGGUGCAGGAUCAGGCCAAGUUCGAGCAGCUCUUCAAGUCAGCUGCGGGUGAUAGCCAGACACUGGACGGAGAGAAAGCUAAGGAUCUUUUAUUGCGAUCGAAGCUUCCAGGCAGCGACCUAUCCAAGAUAUGGACGCUUUCGGAUACCACCAAGUCGGGACAGCUGUUCUUUCCCGAAUUCGCCCUGGCGAUGUAUCUCUGCAACAUCAGACUAACAAAUAGGGAUCUCCCUUCUGAACUUCCGGAGCGUAUAAAGAAUGAAGUGUCAAGUAUGGUGGACAUAAUCUCUUUUGGCGUCCCAGACGAUCAGCCCGUGUCGCAGAGGACGAAUGUGCCCAAUUUCGAUGCGCCAUUGAUGCAGAAUAGCCUGGCCCCUCCGGCACCCCAGCAGCCGCAACCGCAGCAGCCAUCGAAUAGCCAGCUUUUAAACCAACUCACAGCGCAGCCGACGGGAUUCUAUAACCAGAACACCGGAUUCCAGCCGCAACCGACGGGGAUGCCAAAUCAAAACUUAGGCCCGCAGCCGACGGGCUUUCCAGGACAGAACCAGCAGCAUCUUCAGCCGCAGCCGACUGGUUUUAUGAAUCCCCAGCCCGCUGGUUAUACUGGACCUCGUCCCCCGAUGCCACCGAUGCCUACCGGCUUUGGAUCGAACCUGUCCCCGGCCCAAACAGGAUUAACUGCACAGCCCACUGGACUUGUCGCGCAACCCACUGGACUUCCCGGACAGUGGGGUUUUGUUAAUGCUCCCGCCACGGGUCUACCCAACAUAGAAGCCCUUAAACAGCAACUGAUGCCCCAGCCUGGCCGUGAAGGAGGAUUUACCACCGCAGGACUCUCUGGAAACGCGACCAUCCCGUGGGCAGUCACCAAGGAGGAAAAGAACAUCUACGACCAGCUAUUCAGAGCCUGGGAUGGCCUCAAGAAGGGCUACAUUGGCGGUGACACGGCCAUUGAGAUCAUGGGCCAGAGUGGACUCGACCGUCAGGACUUGGAGCGGAUCUGGACCUUGGCCGAUCCGCACAAUAGAGGAAGGCUCAAUAUGGAUGAAUUUGCAGUGGCUAUGCAUCUGAUCUAUAGAAGAUUGAACGGUUAUCCUGUGCCUAACCGUCUCCCACCGGAGCUGAUUCCUCCCUCCACAAGGAACUUGAAUGACUCUAUCGGAACGGUAAAGUCUCUCCUCUCCCAGGACGCUGAGAGCCGUAAAUCUUCCGGUGCUUUCCUGCAGCCGCAAAGGACGGGUGUCAGCUAUCUGAAAGAUCAUUCUUUCCGCGGCGGUAAUACAACUUCAGGGUAUGGUCGUAAGGAUGCGACCAUGUUCAAGAAUAAUGACGAAGCCGGAGGCUACAGGUCCAGUGCCCGUCGCCGCGCUGGAAAUGGCAGGCCCCAGUCUCCCGCGCAACAGCCAGCAAAAGGCAAUGACGAAUUGUCUGUCGAGCAGCUCAAGAAGAAGAUCCGUGAAACCAAGGUUAUGCUGGAUGCCGUGGAUUUCCAGGACCAGAACCAGGCCGAAGAAGAGGAAGCUCUGGACCGACGAGACCGGAAGGAAGCAGAGAGCCUUAUGGACAGAAUUCGACGUGUGCAGGAUGACAUCGAUACCGAUCCAAACGCCGCUCUCCACAGCCUUGAUUCCGGCGCCGAACGCCGGGCCCUGCGCCGCCAGCUCCAAACCUACCAGGAUCAAGUUCCUGAGCUAGCAUCUAACGUCCGCAGGGUUGAACGGGCUAUCGCAGAUGCUAGGCUUGAGCUCUUCCGAUUGAAAGAUGCAAAGGCCCAUCCGAACAGCGCUGCGAACAUCGUCGGCACCGGCCCCGGUGGUGCUGUUACCGAGGCUGACCGUAUCAAAGCCCGCGCUCGAGCGAGAAUGCAGGCUCGCGCUGCUGAACUUGCCGGACGCCCUCCGCCAAGCACUGACGACGAUCCCACAGCAGCAGCCCGCCGCUUGGAAGAAGAGAAUGCUAACAUCAAGGCGGAGAGAGAGCGGAAUGAUAAUAUGACUCGGGACGUCGAGGAGAGUGUGAAGGAGUUCGCUAGGAGUCUUGAAGACAGCCUUCGUGAUGAGGGUGAGAGCUCUGUCCAUGAGCACGAGAAACGUAGAUGGGAGGAUGCCCUGGGCGUCGAGGAUACAAUCAGGGAUUUCAUCUAUGAUCUGCAGCGGAGCAGCAGAACUGCCCGCGUUCGCAAGGAAGAUCGGCAGAGGCCGCCUUCCAGGGAACAGCCUCCGGCCAGAUUCGAUGGCCACGCAGAGCUUCAAUAUCGGCCGUCUCCCGCCCCGUCAGCUUCUUCCACGGGAUCACUCACCGGAAAUACGCAUGAGGACCGUGUGGCAGCAGCAAAGGCACGUGCUCAACAGCGCAUUGCUGAGCGCAUGGCUGCUGCCGGCCUUAAGCCUCACACGGAUGCUGGGGAGACCUUGCUUCAACGUCAAGAACGCGAGAAGAGGGAGCGUGAAGAGAGACUUAGGAAGGCGGAAGAAGAAGAUGCACAGCGAGAGAAAGAGAGACAGCGCCGUCUGGCUGAUGAGCGUUCUCCAGCUCCCUCGGCAGCGAAGCCAGUAGGCAAGAAGCCGCCUCCGGCUCCCCCAUCACGCAAGGGCAGGACGGACAGUACAGGGCAUGCCGAUGCCCAGGCUGCCAGAGCGGCCCAGGCAGAGCAGGAGGGCAAGGAACGAGCCAUCAAGGAAGAACAACAAGCUCAGGAAGCCGAGAGGAAACAGCUUGAGGAGGAAGCCAGACGCCAGGAAGAGGAGAUUGAGAGGGAGAAACAGGCCCAGGAGGCUCGUCUGCGUGCCCUCGAAGAACAAGUCAAGCAGGGCAAGAUCAAGAAGCAGGAAGAGAAGCGUCGGAAAGAAGCAGCUGAGCGGGAGGCCAAGGAGAGAGAAGCUAAACUGCAGGCCCAGCGGGCAGAGCUCGAGGCUGCAAGGGAGAGAGAACGCCAAUUGCAGCGUGAACUGGAAGGUCUCGGGGAUGAGAGCUCCUCUGACGAUGAGGGUCCGAUCAACAUGACUCCCCAAGACAGCACGCCGACGCAGAGCCAGGUGUUGCCGACAACUACAGCAGCCUCACCGCCGCCUCCCCCUCCGCCGCCACCUGCUCCAGCUCCAGCUGUACCGCAGGAACCGGAACAUGUCGAGCAGCCUGCCGCUCCCAUUGUUGGAUCGCCUUCCAGCAGCCGGGCCGAUGCAUCGGAGUCUAAGAACCCCUUUUUCCGGAAAACUAGCCAAAGCGCGGAUGUGCCGACCAUAUCUGUACCUCAGAUGGCCGUCAGCUCACCUCCAGUUGAGGUGCAGUCUACCAACCCGUUCCACCGUCUUGCGCAGCAGGAGGCAUCAAAGUCGACAUACACUGUCCCUGGACCUAUUGAGCGCAAGUCCCGUGCUCGUCCAGAGGAUGACGACGACUGGUCCGUAGCUGAAUCAGAUAAUGAUUCUUCUGAUGAGGACGACCAUCCUGGUGGUGGCAGCGCAAAACAGCUUGCCAGUAUCUUGUUCGGUACCAUGGGACCGCCUCGACCUCUGAGCGCCAUGGACGACAAGUCUCCUUCGAAGUCCGCUACCCCCGUCCAGGAUAGCCCGGCGUCCCCUGCGCCUCCUCCACCACCACCACCCCCUCCUCCAGCUGCUCCGGAGACAAAUGGUACUUUUGAGGCACCGUCCGCGCCUCCGCCUCCUCCUCCUCCCCCGCCAGGUGCGGCGCCUACUGGUGCUCCACCUCCACCCCCUCCGCCCCCAGGACCUCCCGGUCCUCCUCCGCCGCCUCCCUCUGCAGCUCCGGCUCCUCCACCGCCGCCCGCUGCAGGCCCGCCCGGUGGUGGAGCUAUGCCGGACCGCAGUGCCUUGCUGGCAUCUAUCCAAGCCGGUAAGGGCCUGAGGAAAGUUGAGACGAAGGACCGCAGCACCAGUUCAGUGGCAGGUCGAGUGUUGGAUUAGAGGGACAUCAGCACAUGGGGAGAUAUAGGGGGUUUUCUGUUCCAUGUUUCUUCAUUACGGAGUGGUCUGUUUUGAUAUAACUCGUCUCUCCGUGGGCGAGAUUCUACUAUCUGUUUAUUAUUACAUUUAACUUGCUGUCACAACUUGUAAACCGUUGUAAAUUGAGCGACCAAUAUAGGGUCUUAAGAGAGAGAGAGAGAGAGAGAGAG